CUCUCUCUCUCUCUCUCUCUCUCUCCAGCAGCAGCACGGUUCCCACUCCAACACUCCAACACAGCGACCAGCGGCUUCAGGCGUCUGCUCUGCGAAGUUGAGACAAACACGCCGGAAAAACGCACCGCCUGGACACUGGAUUCAUGUGGCACCUCCACUCUCUGUCCUCUUCUCUUUCUGCGGACUUUUUUUUGCGAUAGAAACCCUUUUUUUUUUGCUUUUUGGGGAAAUGUGUUGGUAUAGACACUAAUAAUAGUUGAGUUGCAACCAUAAACCUGCCCAGUCAUUAAGUACCUGCAGAUCUACUGCAGGGGAGUUUUUUUUUUUUUUUUUAAUAAACCAGUGAGGAUACCUGCAGAGAAACCUUAAAACAAUAAGGAUCUUCACAGAAGUGAACAAUGCUCAGACUACAGACCAUCAUUUGCACUUUUUCUGUGCUGUCUGUUGCAGCUGGAGCUGAUUUCAAGGCUCGGAACUGCAGCGAGGUGAGGGAGGCUGUCAUCGUGAAAGGCUUCAGCUUCGCACAUGUUCCUCUCCAGGAGAUCCCAGGCGAACAUCUUCGUGUCUGUCCUCAGGGAAACACAUGUUGUACCCAGGAAAUGGAGGACAAAUUUGGCCAGCAGAGCAAACAGGACUUUGAGAAUCUGGUUGAUGAAAUGAGUCAUGAAUUGAGAAGCACCUAUGUCUCCAGACAUAAAAGAUUUGAUGAAUUCUUCCUGGAGCUACUGGAGAACACGGAGAGGUCCCUGAAUGAGAUGUUCGUGAGGACUUACGGCAAGCCUUACAUGCAGAACUCAGAGGUCUUUGAGAACCUGUUUGCAGAGCUGAAGCGCUAUUACACAGGAGGAAAUGUUAACCUGGAGGAAAUGCUAAAUGACUUUUGGUCGCGGCUGCUGGAGCGCAUGUUCACACUGCUCAACUCCCAGUACGUCAUCACUGAGGACUAUCUGGAGUGUAUCAGUAAGUACACCGACCAGCUCAAGCCCUUUGGAGACGUGCCCAGGAAGCUCAAGGCUCAGGUUACCCGGGCAUUCAUCGCCGCACGCACAUUUGUCCAAGGGCUCUCUGUUGGCCGGGAGGUGGCCCAGAGAGUGUCUAAGGUAAGCAGCACUCCAGCAUGUAUUCGAGCACUGACCAAGAUGCUGUACUGCCCCUAUUGUCAGGGCAUGCCGUCCGUUAAACCCUGUAAGAACUACUGCCUGAAUGUGGUGAAGGGCUGCCUGGCCAAUCAAGCUGAUCUGGAUCCAGAGUGGAAUCUGUACAUUGAUGCCAUGCUGCUGGUGGCACAGAGGCUGGAGGGACCUUUCAACAUUGAAUCUGUCAUGGAGCCUAUUGAUGUGAAGAUUUCAGAGGCCAUCAUGAAUAUGCAAGAUAACAGUGCCCAGGUCUCCUACAGGGUUUUUCAAGGCUGUGGCCAGCCAAAACCCGCAGGAAUGACUAGGUCUACCCGCGGUGUUUCGGAUGUGUUCAACGCUCGCUUCAGGCCGUACAGCCCAGAGGAGCGGCCUACCACUGCGGCUGGCACAAGCCUGGACAGACUGGUUGUUGACAUAAAAGAGAAACUGAAGCUGUCAAAGAAAUUUUGGUCCAGCCUGCCCGAGGCAACGUGCAUGGAGGACAAAGUGACCGCUGGAAAUGCCAGUGAUGAGGAGUGCUGGAAUGGACACACCAAGGGCAGAUACUUCCCUGAAGUUCAAAAGGAUGGCCUGACCAACCAGGUGAAUAACCCUGAGGUGGGUGUAGACAUCACCCGCCCAGACACCUUCAUCCGCCAGCAGAUCAUGGCUCUGAGGGUGAUGACCAACAAGUUGAAAAAUGCCUACAACGGCAAUGAUAUCUACUUUCAAGACUCAAGCGAUGAAGGCAGCGGCUCAGGCAGUGGCAGCGGCUGCACAGAGGUCUGCCCCACAGACAUGGACGGUGUUGCCACCGAAGCCCCGGUAGUGGAAGCCGACCGGAGCGGGCCUGUGGAUGACUCUGCCCCGCUCCGUGCACCCUCUGUAGCCCUGCCAACCAUUCUGGCCCUCUCAGCCCUGGCACUCCACCGACAAUGGAGAUAAUGCUGGAGGAACCAGCUAAACAUGGACAGCAGGGUUUUUGGUUUUUUUUGCAGUUUUUGUAUUCAGGCAGAUGGAGCUACAGUCAAGCAGACAGUAUUCAGGCUGCCAGCCUGGAGGCUAGAGGAGUCUGCUCUGAAAAAGAGCAGUCAUGCAUCAUGAUUUCCCACUUUCCCAAAGAUCGUGCAGUGCCAUCCUUAGACUUGACAUUUUAUGGCAUCACUUCACCAUCUAACACUGAUGCCGACCCAACAAACUCUGCUUCAGAGAUUUCUUGCACAUAUGGCAGGUAUUAAUGUAGGACUCCAUGUGGAAAAAUAUAACACGCACUUUGAUUGUUUUGAUUUUUUUAAUGCAAAAAAUUGUUUGUGUGUUGAAAAAUGUUGAGAAUGUGGUUAUUUGAUGCACCUAAAAGAGGCACAAUAAGUUUAAUAUAUGUUUAACAUUAUAUUUUGAAAAAGGAUAAUGACAGAAAAUUCAGGAACAUGUGGUUUCCACCUCAAAUUUGAAAUUGAAUCCUCGUUCCAUUGCCAUUAAAUCGUGUGCCAAUUAUUGAUUUUUGAUGAGAAGCGAUUGAAUAUUCAUCAAAGUCGUCACAAAUCCGUGUUUGUUUUUUAGAUCAGAUGCAGCCACUGAAUCGUGUUAUGUUUCACAGUCAUUUCAACAGUGACGUUUGGCAAGUUUGUAGGUUAAGUAUAUCAUGGGUUGGUCAUGGAUCUGCUCUGUACAACAGUCGUCUUGUGCUAAAGCUCACAUUUUGUUAAAAGGGAUAAGAUUAACAAUUUUUAUAUACUCAUUUGCCUUGCAACACAUUUAUUAUCAUCAUAUCAUGCUGGUUUCUCAAGCUUUGCUUCAGGAGGAUACAACCUGGACAAAAUUAAUAUGGAGCAAUUAUUAAAACCAAUAUACAGUAAUGCCAUUAUACUGUAGUGAUGCUGGUUCUGUAGUGUUGUGGGGUGCUUGUCCUGGUAAUGUCAGAGAGGGCUUAACAAUUUCUAAUCCUUACUAAUAUAUAAUGAUUAAUCAAUAAUAUAUUUCAGUUAGUUUUUCUCUGUAGGGGUUCAUGUCUCCGUUAAGUGAGUAGUCACCAAGUGUCAACCUCCAUCUAACCACUUUAUACUGUAGCAUCAGUGACCUGCAAGCAAAGCCACUCAAGAAAGAGAUACACAAAUCAACCAUUUAUACAAGAUAUAUAAAAUGCUCUUAAACAUACUCUGCUGAUAUUAUAAUGCCUUAUAAAGGCACGGUAAUGGAAAAUCAUGACCUUGUUCUGCAUAUGUGUAAAUGGACAUUGCAGUAUGGAAAGCACUCCCACUCGAUACAGAAUCACCAUCACAGGUGGAAGUCUGCUGCUUCUGUAAUCUCUAUAUUCAUUUACAGUAAUCUGGGCCUAUAAUGUUUUCUUCUGCAUCAACAGAAUAGUCUGCAAGUAUUACACAUUUUUAGGUGUUUCCAGAAAUUCUGGAUUUGCAUAUACAGGAACAGAAAAACGGUGCCACUUUUGCAUAAUGUGAUUGAAUAUCCAAAGCUUAUCCUGUAACUGCUUUCACAGUUUGGAUAAAAUAGCCACCAAAAUGUGCAUAAAAAGCUACAAAACUGAAAUACUGUCAGACAGUAGUAAAAAAGUUAAGUGUUUUAUUCCUACAAAUGUAUUAACACAGUUAUUUAAAAGGUGAGGGAAUUAUUAAGAGAAGAAGCAGCACACAGUGGUUACUGGAAAUGCAAAGAAAGGGCCCCUAAAUUUAUCUGUAAAGCUUGAAUGGUUAUGUCUGCAGCACAGACAGGCUAGAAGCCGACCACAGUCACCUGUGAAAUGAGAAUCUGUGGAGACCGGACAGGCCUGAAUGCUUCAGUGAAGCUCCUCAGUAGAGCGUACUUACAGAGAAUGUGAGAGGCCUGGCACUGCUGAGGGGGGCGGACAAAACCAGCCUGUAUGUACGUCCACUGUUCUCUAAGAGCCCGUCAGCUCCAUAACCAGCAGGCCAGCUAAGCUUACAUAUCCAAGGAAUUAAGCAGUGUUAUGCCCUCCGCAGUAUAUCAGUGAAUAUUUGUUGAGCUUUUCUUUAUUGCAUUUAAGUCAGCGUUUGCAUCCACAUUGCAAGAACAGAAAUAUAGAGGAAAAUAUGUCCAAUGUGUCAUUUAAAAGGAUUCUUUAUUAUGAUCUUACAGGAUGCCCUUUUUAUGUUUUGUAUCAUUGAACUUUUAAUGGUAAUAUUUUUCCAAUAAAAUAUUGAAAAUGGAGGUCUGGUCAGACAAAUUAUCUGAAAAACAUAAUUAGCAGGAAAACGCUAUAAGUCAACAUUUUUUACAAUCAAUGCAUUUCUGUAUGGAGUCAAAUCCUAAUGAGGGGAAGUUUGGUCGGAGUUUGAAUCUAAUUUCAAACUAAGAGGGGCGAAGAACUAGUUGAGCAAAUAUGCCUUAUUGUUUUCCAGUGCAAUUAAGAUGAUUGCAUUUGUGUUUUGUUACUGUUCUUGAGAAUAAAUAUUUAUUAAAAACA